GUUUCUUCACGUAAACCACCUUAAAAGCUGUAUUCUAUUAGUAUUUUUAUAGUUGUUGUAAACAGACAACCAUGACCGAAAAUGAGAAUGAUUCAAGUUUUGUCGACCUUAACCUGAGUGACCAUGACGACACCGAUCUUACGAGACGAUUCUCCUCCACGCAUCUGGACCGCCCUGCUUCUCACGACAUGCAGACGCCACCACCAUCCGACAGCGGCAACCCUGGGGCCUCCAUCAAGGACUCCGAUACCCAACUCGUAGCCGACCGAUUACUGAACGACUUGUCCGAAGAGGACGCGACGUCAAAAAAUGCUGCAACUUUUCCCAUGAAUCCACCCCAGUCAGCACCUUACACAUCUCCUCCCUCCGCAAACCCCAAUACUAGCCAACCCCCGCCCCAUUCUCAGUAUGAUCAGUUUUUCGAAGAAGUAUCGCUCGACCUGCCACGCGAUACAGAACAAAGUCGCGAACGAUCCAAUUCAAGCAAAUUGCUUAAAUUUAUGCCACGUCGUACACCGGCCAUGCCAAGCUCAGACCUGUCCCUGUCGAUUAAUACAACCGACGCCGGUCCAUUUUAUUCCAUUUCCGACGUACUGGAUGAUUCACCCUCCACAGGUUCCAAGGCAGCCGGCGCCGCCGCUGCUGCUGCUGCCGCCGCGAUGGCAGCCGCGGCCUCAGGAAGAGACACCGACGGAGCAGCUGAUCAAAAAGCCAAUCAGCGUGGAGCGCGACGAAAUAUUCACGAACAGGAAGUCAUUGUGACCUCUGGCGGAUCAUCCGUAAAGGGUAUUCAGCGUCGCUCAAGUUUGAAUCCAUUUACUCGAACAAAAGCCACACACCAUAAACCAACACCACUGGAAUCCGUAAUAUCCAAGACACGUCCCAGAAUGCUACCGCCGAAAAAUCCACAGGAAGAAAAAAAGCAUUUACAGCAGCAUGAAGCAAUGAUGAAAAAAGCACUUCAACUGGAGGCAAAACGUGAGAAGGAAUACCAUCGACGAAAGGAGCAAAAAGACAAAAAGCUCUCGCAAGCUACGCAGAUUUGGGAAAGAGAUAUUCUGCCUCACUGGAACACAAAAUCCAAAGACAAGAAGACGCGCGAAUUGUGGCUGCAAGGUAUCCCUCCGCGGUGUCGUAAACGUGUCUGGUUAAUCGCCAUCGAUAAUCCGUUAAAGCUAUCCAAGGAUGUAUUUCAGCAAUGCCUGAGAAGAGUACCACAGAUCCCCCGGACAACACAUGCUGAUGACAAAAAAUAUGAAUAUGAAUCAUCGACGAACAUCAUGAGCAAUAAGCGAGCCAAUGCUUCAUACGAACAUCAAACGUUGAACAACAACAGCGGUCACAGUGGAAUGGAGCGAAGCUAUUCUUCAGAUGAUAUACAAGAAAUGGAAGGUCAUACUGAUGAAUCCUUUUACAACUUCCGACGCACCCGACGAACCAGCAGUCUAAACGUUCUACACGAAGAUGAGGAUAAGAAAAGCGGAUCAGGUGGACUAGAAGUUCCACCUUCACCACGAUCGUCUUCCGAAAGUACCACCGUGACUUAUGAACUGCAUCGCCCUGAAGAGAAUUAUGCUUCACAGGACGAUCAGAAUGUGGACAAAACAGAUAUGGGUUUCGGAGGACGAGCGGCCAUGGAACUUUUAUCUGAGGAGUCCUUGGACCAAUACCGUAACAGUUUUGAUGAUUCGGUUCAAGUGGAAGACGAUUAUGUAUUGGAUGACGAGGAUGAAAAUGGCACCGAAGAUAACGACAACUUGGAAGCUCUGGGGAGCCAUCCGGACGCGACAUCAGCUGAUAUGACCACCAUUGCCUUUCUGAAUAAAAUGAUUGAUGAAGAUAUCCUGCGGACACUACCCAGCUUGUGCGUAUUUCAGCCGGAUGGGCCCCUAUUCUCUUCUGUACGCAAAGUGUUGCAUGCUUAUGUCGGUUAUCAACCGACCCUGACCUAUACCCGUGGUACCUCAUUUUUGGCUGGGAUGUUACUGUUGAAUAUGGGAACCCAGGAUACUUUCCAAGCUUUGGUGAAUCUGAUUCACCGCAGCGACAUACUGUGGUCCUUUUAUCACGCAGACGAGGCUCGAGUCAAAAGUUACUUCAAAAUUUUUAACGUGGUGUUCGCCGAAAACUUACCUAAACUAUACCUGCAUUUCAAGAACCUGGCAUUAACACCUGAUAACUACUUACCGGACUGGUUCAUGACCAUCUUCUCCUCGGUGAUCCCACUGGAACUCUCUUCAAGGCUGUGGGAUAUCUUUUUGUUAGAGGGCGACAUUGUACUUAUUAGAACCGGAUUGGUGGUACUGAAGUACCUGGAACCAUUGCUUUGGGGUGGAGGGUUUGGGGAGACGGUUAAAAUAUUGAAUAUGGGCUUUGUGGGAGAACAUCGCGGAGAAGAAGUCAGAGCUGCAUUAGCUGUGAGCGGCCAUAUCACUCAAGGCGAACAGGAUCAGUUCUUUGACGAGAUCAUUGGAAAGGAUGGUAUCCAUUUGGAUGAUAUCAAAUAUCGUGAACUGUAUGAAGCUCACUUCAUUCCUCGAUAAAAUCAUUUUGAACCUCAUGCGUCUGAAAAAAAAAAGAAAAUGCAUUGUGACCCC